CGGGAGGCAAUGAUGGGACAGACCUGAGGGUGUCUGAGCUCAGAGAUGUCCCUGACAACUCUGCAAGGCUGAGUUAUGUGGAGUCGUCAUGUUAACGUACAGCCAGUGAGAAAGAUAGGAGAAAUACCGCCACACAGAGAUCCAUAUUUUUCCCCACUGAGUAAAAUACUGUGUAAUUUUAUCUAGUUACUAUAAAACAGUUUAUACUCCUUGUUUAUAAAAAAAAAAAAGAGAGGAAAAAACCCCAUAUUUCACUUCCGCUACUGACAGGCUAUGGAGGAAAAAUAGAUGGUUUUUUCUGCAUUUAAUAUUUCAAACCAAGUAGACCCAAAAGAAAAGGCAGCAAUUAACCACAAGUACCAGCAAUGUGUUCCUUGUGUUUCUUCUCUCUGGAUUUGGCUACAAAGAAUCAGUUCAGUACAAACUUAUUUACAGUCACGUUAAAUCCUUUAGCAAUUAUUUUCCAGGCUAGUCAGGAAAGCAGUGCAGCUGCCAUGCUCACCUUCCAGACCACAGACUUCUGAGAUGAGACCUGCACUUCACAUUUUGUCAGGAUUUAAAUCCUUUACAGGAUAGUUCGGAAAUGGCUAGCACAUAUCUGACCAUAUGUUGGAGUAAGUUUAUACAUAUGCACAGGGAAGUAAAUUUAUAAGCCUGGCAGAACCCCAAAAAGGGGCCAAAUGGUAAAAAGGGCAUCGAUUGUGGUGCAGGUUCUCUACCAAAGAACACAUAAAGGUGCAUAUGUAGGGCUAUGUAUUUUCCCCCUUCCACUGACCUGCCCUGUGGCUCCAGGUGACAGAAGGAGAGAGACCUGAGCAUCAUCUUGCCCACAUCUGAAUCACCUUACCGUUUGUGCUUGGCCUCUUGCCACCUAAAUAACCCUGGCUGUAAGACCAGGGUUAGCUGAACCCUGAGUAGGAAUCCAGCAAGGAUACAUGGUUCCUUGCCUGCUGCCUCCUCCUCUGCAUAGCCUGCACCCAGGCUGGCAGCAUCCUGUGACUAACUCUUCUAGACUGGAUUUCUCCAAGGGACGACCAGCGCUUAAUUUGGCUGACUCUGCGCUCUGCGGGAGCUCUCAUCCAUGCCAGCUUGAGUCCUAGCAAAAACCCAUCAUCAUUAGUCCUCGAAAGGAACAGCUCGGGUAUUCUCCACCCCCGCUCCUGCAGGCUGGGAUGUACUGUGCGUUCCCACAGACCGAAAUUCCCCUGGUAGGCUCAAUUACAGCAAUCAGCCUUCAUGCUCUUUUCAAUGGCACUGCUGCCUCCGACUCCGUCCGGCCACCGCGGUGGGGCCGGGAGCUGCAGCGUUCCCACAGGUGUCGGGGGAGAGGACACGGCUCUUCCAGCUACACCAGACCUGUGGGUAGGACUCUGUGGGGUGGCACAUUGCAGCAAUUUGAGGAACUGGUAGCCCCUGUGACAGAGCCCUACAGAGAUGUGACAAAAAAAGGUAUCUCUGCCCUGAGCCAUUUCAAAUGGCUCUGCAAGUCAGGGCCACUGAGGAGUCAAAUAUGCUGCACAGAAGUUGAAGAUGGUGUUGGUCCAUACCCAGCAGGGAGAAUCUCGGUGUCCUGCAGCCACUACAAGAUGUCCAUCUCCAUGUGGCUGCAGGACAAAGGGCCAUUCAUCACACUCCAAAGUGCUGCAAAAGGCUCCCGUGUUCCACCGGAGAAGUGCCUGCAUUUGAAUCCAAGCGAGAAAGUUUUCUCCCGGUGCUCCAGGCCGCUCCGGAGAGUAAUGGAGCUUGGCGCUGCUUUAGGAUUCUUUUGGGUGAGAUAUGGGGGCAAGCACCUUGUCAUGCGCCGCUCAGGCUCCAGCAAAUCUGGAGUGCCACUGGAGCUCCAGGGGAUCUCUCUCUGGAGCACGGGAGCUGGAUUCCCUCUCUUCAAACCUCCCAUUUUGGAAAUGCCUAUAAGCAAGAAACUGGGUCGCAUCCAGCUAAGCAGGGCUCAAGGACUUGCGGUGCACUCAGAAGUGGUGCAGGGGAGCCUGGAAGGGCGCGGGUGCUCUGCCUUCCUCCUCCCAGGUCUCCAUACAACCAGAGAAGAAAUAUUUGCAACCCUUGCUUCAGCUUUCCAGCUUAGGGAGAGUCAUGCUUAAGCAGUGGACCACAGUUUUCAGUGGAAGCAACCAGAGCACUGGUUAUUAGGAAGUAUUUCUAAACUGUGAGGGUGGUGAGGCACUGGCACAGGUUGCCCAGAGAAGCUGUGGCUGCCCCAUUCCUGGAAGUGUCCAAGGCCAGGUUGGACAGGGUUCAGAGCAACCUGGUCUAGUGGAAGGUGUCCCUGCCCAUGGCAUGGGGUUGGAAAGAGAUGAGCUUUAAGACCCCUUCCAACUCAAACUGCUCUAUGAUUCUAGGAUUCCUUAGCUCCCUGGUAGCUCUAUUUGCAGCCACUCUCUGUCAGACAGAGUGAGGUCCCACAGUGGCAGCCCCAGUGCUCAGGUAGAGGCCAGUCGAGGAGGCAGCAGCAGGCACAGCAGCAUCCCCGCAGGGUGAAGGAGCAUGUCUGCAUGCCACCCACCAGCUGACCUGCCAGGGAGCAUCCUUGGCCUGUGUGCCUUGAGAGUGUCCCUUUAAAGCAAUUUGUAGACUGUUAUCCUGUAUCAUUAACCUAAUUAGUGUAAUUGCCGCCAUUUAUGUAAUGAGUAUAAAUACUGGAGGAAUCCCAUAAUUAGGAGAUGUAAUUAGGUAAUUAAUAGAUGACAUGGUAACAAAAAUCCAGGGGAAACUUUGCAAGGUGGACACUGUGUGUUUCUCUGUGUGUGUGUGUGUGUGUGUGUGUGGCUGUUCCAACACACCAGUCUUGCCAGGGUCUGUCACAGAAAUGCUCCACUGUUGGCUCCAGCCUGGAGCCCCUCUAUAGUCCAUGGGCAAUGUAAAGGGGCCUUCAGGUGAUGUGAGAAGGCUCUUUUGAAUCUCUACAGGUGUUGCAGAGGGGAUCUGGAGAGCCAGGAUUUGGUUAAGGGGAAGAGCAGAGCUGUAGCCAUUGCCUUGCCAUACAGACAUGCUUUGCUUUGAGAUCCUGGGAGAAGCAAGGUGAAUUUAGCAGAGGUCUGAGGUGUUCCCCAGCCCUAGCCUGGAAGGUGGCUUGAAGUGCUGUUUGCCCCGUAACACUUCUCUGCUACAACCAGUGCUGGAAAUAGCAUGACAGCCAGCUCCUGUUGCCAAUAGCUCGCCUGACUAGAGGAUAAGGAGCCUCAGGGUGUGCUCAGCUGCCUGAUAAAAGUCCCAUUUUACUUCUCCUGUGGGUUUGGCUUAGAAAAGUGAUUGGAGCUGGAAAUUGUGUUUGGACUGUGAAGAGCUGAUAAAGUUCCUGCUGUGCCUGAGGAGCAUUAUUUUAGAGCUUCAUGAGUUGAGAGUGUUUCAGCUGGACCCUUUCUAGUCGUUGAAGUGUUGAUUUUUUCCUGCUGCUCUCUGUCUCUUGCUCCUCAAAGCCUGUUGGUGCUUCUAGAAAACUUACAUGUCCAGAUGUAUCUGAACAAAAUAAGUUGCAGUUAAGGAAAGUUUUUUCUUGGAGUUUUUUUUUUGGUGUGUUGUUGUUGUUGAUCAUCUGGAUUCCUGGUUGGCACCUUCCAGAAGGAGUCACUACCACUGGCUUUCAAUACCUGAAAGAGGCCUACAAGAGAGCUGGAGAGGGACUUUGACAAGGGCCUGUAGUGAUAGGACAAGGGGGAAUGGCUUUAAACUGACAGAGGGCAGGGUUAAGUUAGAUAUUAGGAGAAAACUCUUGACUGUGAGGGUGGCAAGACACCGGAACAGGCUGCCCAGAGAAGCUGUGGGUGUCCCAUCCCUGCAAGUGUUCAAGGCCAGGGUGGGGCUCUGAGUCCCUUGGUCUAGUGGAGGGUGUCCCUGCCCACUGCAGGGGGACUGGAACAAGAUGAUCUGUAAGAUCCCUUCUGAGCCAAAUGAUUCUAUGGUUCUUUGAUAAGCCAUGAGUAUCUCGGUGUAGGAUAUCUUCUCUGCAGAGGGUCCUGGGCUCUUUUCACGCCACAUUGACUAGCCUGCACUGGCUUAUUUUGGAGAAGCCAUCAACCUCAUGCUUUUACUCUUGGCCUCUCUCGCUCCCUUUUGGAGUACGUCCUCCCCAAAAGAUGAGCUGUUAUGCACUCCUUGGAGGAGCACUUCAGCCAGCAAGAAGUGACCCCAAAACCUGCAGCACUGGGAGCACCACCUCGCAGGAGAGGUCACAGGGGAGCUUGUGCAGGAGUUGGGUGGUCAAAGGCUGCGGAGUCCCCGGGACCAGCAGCUAGAGGGAGAUAUGACCUCACGCUGAGGGCCAGCCUUGUCUAUGCCGUGGAUUCCUGUUGGAAUGCCAGAGAAAAUCCUCUUGCUUUCUAGUGUUCAGGGUUCAUGUAAUGAACAGCCAUAAGGCAGACUUCAUUACAUAGCAUAAGUAAUUCUCGAGAUUAAAGACUUUUGAAAUGGCUCCUGAUGAAACUUCUGCCAAAGUCUUUCUUAGUCCUUGUCUACCUGGAAAGUUUUAUCAGGUGUAUCAUGAUCAGUAUAUGUAGGUCCAGUUACAGCAGGAAGGCUCUGUCUAGACAUUUUCAUUCCAUAUAAAGAGGGCCUUUUUUUCCUUUAGCUUAAAUUCACAUGCCCUUCACAAAAUCAGGGCUUCAUCAGUGGAGGAGCCACUCUAUAUGUGGCAUUAUGUUUGAAUUCCCACUCUGCACUGCAUCAAAGCCUACUCUGCCCCGAGGCCAGGAGUUUCUGCUCCUGCCAUGGCCCUGGCUCAUGGAUGGGGAAGUGGAUUGGUUUUGGGCAGUUGCUUGGCUGGAGUCAGCUCUUUGUGCCCAAAGCAAACACAUGGUCUUGCAGAGCACUUCUGCAGUCUUUCAGCUUAAGCCUCUCUGCUUCCCAUGCUCCC